GGACAGGGGUGUCUGGGAAGCAAGCCUCCCUCUGGAAUUCAGAGUUCAGCCGCUGUCUAAGUCACAGGCUCCUGUAAUCUAAGACAAGAUUGAAGCCUGCAAAGGGGCAUCCCCAGGGCCACACUCCAAAAGGACAGCUUUGGGCUACGCGCGAUGUGGGCGGCCCUGCUGCUGCUGCUCGGGCCGCUGGCACUGCGCGCGAACCUGGCAGGGCCUCCCCAGGAGAGGCUCCCUCUUUUCCGGCUCACCCAGCAGGGCGCCUGGUGGACCGCGGCCAUCAACGCCACCGCCUCGCCCUGCGAGGGGCUCCCGGUCGCGGGGGCCACGGCCUUGACCCUGGCGAACCUCAGCCUGGAGCGCCUACCCGGCUGCCUGCCACGCACGCUGCGCAGCCUGGACGGCAGCCACAACCUGCUGCGCGCCCUGAGCGCGCCCGAGCUCGGCCGCCUGCCGCAGCUGCAGGUGCUGACGCUGCACCACAACCGCAUCGCCGCACUGCGCUGGGGCCCCGGCGGGCCGGCGGCGCUGCACACGCUGGAUCUCAGCUACAACCGGCUGGCCGCCCUGCCGUCGUGCGCGGGGCCCGCGCUGCACAGCCUCCGUGCGCUGGCGCUCGCCGGGAACCCGCUGCAAGCGCUGCAGCCCGGGGCCUUCUCCUGCUUCCCCGCGCUGCGCCUCCUCAACCUCUCCUGUACGGCGCUGGGCAGCGGCGCCUACUCGGGCAUCGCCGACGGGGCCUUCGCGGGAGCGGGCGGCGCGCCCCUGGCCACGCUGGAGGUUCUGGACCUCAGCGGCACGUUCCUCACGCGAGUUCAGGCAGGGUGGAUCAGAGACCUGCCGAAGCUCACAUCUCUCCACCUGAGGAGGAUGCCCAGGCUGACGAGCCUGGAUGAGGACAUUUUCCAGAUGACUCCCAACCUGCAGCAGCUGGAUUGUCAAGACUCACCAGCACUUACCUCUGUCCACACACACAUCUUCCAAGACACUCCUCACCUACAGGUCCUUCUAUUCCAGAACUGCAACUUGAGUUCCUUCUCUCCUUGGAGCCGGCAUUCCUCCCAGGUGCUGUCUAUCAGCCUCUUUGGCAACCCUCUCACUUGCAGCUGUGAGUUGUCCUGGCUCCUCAUGGAUGCAGAGAAGACUGUCCUAAGCAGGGCAGCAGACACGGUGUGUACAGCAGCAGCUGGAUCCGCAGGCACCUUCCCAGCCAGUCUUUCACUCUCCCAGCUGCCCAGUAUGUGCCCUUCAGACCAAAGCACCCCACUCCUUGAUUCCAGCCCACCUUCCGCUGGUCCAUCCAAUCAACCUGGGAGAGGCCGACAGAGUGUCGCCCUGACCCCCUCCCUCCCAGUGGAUUUCCCCACAGAAGCACGAACUGCGUGGCCCCACUGCGGUGUCAGUGGAGGGACUACCCCUGCUACCGCCACCUCUCUGGCAGAUUCCAGUGACUCCGGCAUCCCACGCAUGGCUGCAAGCACAGCCGGGACGGAGCACCAACCUACCCUCAUCCGGGAGCCUGUCUGGGCCGCCUCCACCCCACCGACCAACGAACCCCUUGGCCUCCUCCCUCCCUCCCCGAACCCAGUGAGCACGCCCCAGCCUGGCCUGAGGACACAGGCCUCCCUGCAAGCUCCCCACCCGAGUCCUUCCGAGGGUGCGAUUCCAGUCGUGCUGUUGGACGACUACAGCGAGGCGGAGGACGGGGAGGAGGUGGCGAUGCCUCCACAGGCCACGCCCUGUGAUUACCACCCCUGUAAGCACCUCCAGACCCCGUGCGCCGAGCUACAGAGGCGCGCGCGGUGCCUGUGCCCCGGCCUCAGCGGGGAGGACGCCGUCCCGGACCCUCCCAAGCUGCAGGCGGUGUCAGAGACCACCGACACGUUCGCGCUUGUGCGCUGGUGUGCCCCCAACUCGGUGGUGCGUGGUUACCAGAUCCACUACUCCGCCGAGGGCAGGCCCGGGAACCAGUCGGUAGUGGGGGACAUCUACGCCACGGCGCGGCAGCACCCCCUGUACGGGCUCUCGCCAGGCACCACCUACCGCGUGUGCGUGCUGGCGGCCAACAGGAAGGGCCUGAGCCAGCCGCGGGCCCCGGGCCGCCGCGCGCCAUGUGCCGCCUUCACCACCAAGCCCAGCUUCGUGCUCAUCUUCGCGGGGCUGUGCGCUGCCAGCGGCCUGCUGCUCGUCAGCACCCUGCUGCUUUCCGCGUGCCUCUGCUGGCGACGCCGGACGCCGCGCCGGCGCUCCGACACGCACCUGGUAGCCUACAAAAACCCAACCUUUGACUACCCGCUGAAACUCCAGACCUUCAAUUAGCCCAGCGCCCCUCUCCAACCGAACUCGAGCUGAGAAACUGGCCACCUGCGUAAGGAGAUGAUACAGAGGAUCCAAAAUGGCCCUGUUUGCUCUAAAGGUCUCCAGUUCCCAUGAAAUCAGGAUUCUUCAGGCACUCUGGGAACUUGUCCUGUCGCGUCUCAGUUCAAGGAACCACUGCCUUCCCUUCCUCCUACUUCCCUGUUCCCAGAAACGUCAGGGUUCAAGCCAGGCCACUUCACUGCCACUGAGCAUUCUUGUGUUUUUAUUUGGGUUUUUCAGCAGUCAGUGCCCCUCCGUGUCCAGUAGAAUUGUUUUGGAAUUAGGAAGAGCUAAAACAAAUCCUAUAAUCCAGCCUCUUUUGCCAUGUUGGAAGACAUCCUCCUUUCAGGGUUAAGUUCCCUUGCGGUCAAGUUCUGGCUAAGGCCGGUGUUACUCGCCGGGAUUCUUCUCGGAGAACUGGGGUUGCCGGAGGAUGACUGGUUGUUUCCCGAGGUCUUGCAGGUUUAUUAGUUGCAUACCAGGAUAUGGAAAAAAAAAAGUGCUUCCAGCUUUAUACAUAAAACUACUCUUCUGGGAACAUUUAUAAGACAGGAAAAGCCUGUCCUUUUUAAAGUCAAUGUUUACUGCACUUCACUUAAGACUAAGUAGACAAAGGAACUAUGAACUCCUGUUUUUAAGGAAGCCUUAAAAACGUUCUCACUUUCAAUAACUUUUUUUUUAGAAGAAAUGAGCAAAAGAAAACCUCAAGGCUGUAGGUAGAGACCAAAGCAUUUCUCUGUUCCCUGCUCCAUCAGUGUCUUCAUGAUUCAUAUUGCCUAUGGGAUAUGUCUUACAACACCCUUUUUCACGUUCAUACAACCCCAAAGCGAAAAAAUGAUCUUACAAAGUUGUAAUGUUGACUGUAUUUCUAAAUUGUAAUGUUCUCCAUUAGCAUGCAGUUUCCUGUGGCUACUGUAACAAAGUACUGGAAGCUGGGUGGCUUAAAACAACAUACAUACAUUCUCUCACAGUUCAGGCCAGAAAUUCACAAUCAAGGUAUCAAUAGGUUCGGUUCUUGCAGAAGACUCAGAAUUGUCUCACACACACCUUAGCUUCUGGUGGUGGCUGCCAAUCCUUGGUGUUCCUCGGCUUCCGGUUAACAUAACUCCAAUUUAUGCGACCAUGGUCUCACAGCAUUUUUUGUGUGUCCAAAUUUCCCUUUCUUCAAAAAAAUUUUCCCCCCAGCUCUACUGAAAUAUAAUUAACAUAAAACAUGUAGAUUUAAGAUGAACAUGAUAAUUGGAUACACAUAUGUACUGGGAAAUUUAUGUAAGCUGUUAACAUAUCCAUCACCUCACAGUCAGUGUGCGUGUGGUGAGAACUUUUAAGAUGUACUUUCUUAGCAACUUUAAAGUAUACAACACAGUAUUGUUAACUGUAGUCAUCAUGCUGUCUUGUGGGGAUCAUCAGAUCCCUGGAACUUACUUAUCUUGUACAAAUUUGCACCAUUUGAUGACCUUCACCCAUUUGGCCCCAUGCCCACCCCUGGGAACCACAAUCUACUUCUCUUUGAGUGUUCUUUUUAGACUCUAUAUAAGUGAAAUCAUACAGAACUUGUCUUUCUCUGACUUAUUUUACUUGGUAUAAUGCCCUCAAGUCCCAUGUUGUUGCAAAUAGCAGGAUUUCCCUUUUUUAUGGUAGAAUAAUAUUCCAUUGUAUAUACAGACACUACAUUUUAUCCAUCCAUCCACUGACAGUUUGUUUCCAUGUCUUGGCUAUUGUAAAUAAUGCUGCAGUGAACAUGGAGGUGCAGAUCUCUCUUUGAGAUAAUGAUUCUACCUCCUUCAGAUACAUAUCCAGAACAAAUCUCCCUCUUCUUAUAAGGACAAUAGGCUUUAGAUUAAGUCCCCCCACAAAUCUAGUAUC